AUGUCUACUGCUGGCUCUGUGACCAACGACUCCAAGCCGGGCAAGAAGCGCAAGGCGAAGGGUGAGAAUGCUCCCUCGGGCAGUGGUGCGGCAACUCCCUCCAUCGAAGCACCAGCGUCCGAGACUCCUGCUACCACUAACGGUGUCGAUUCCCACAACCAGAGUCAGCAUGUCAAGGAUCUGAUGAGAAACAUCCGCAAUCUCCACAAGAAACUCGCUGCCUCCGCAAAGGCCGACGCGGUGAUCAGUGAAAACCCCAAUGUUUCCCUCGAUGACUUGGUUGCGGCAAAGAAGCUCAAUGUCGAUCAGAAAGCCCAGAUACUCAAGAAGCCAGCCCUCCAAGCGCAAUUGGCGCAACUCGAAGAACAGCUGAGCUCUUUCCGUGCCUUUGCCCAAGAGCUGGAGGAGCGCUUUGCGAAGGAGAAGUCACGCCUGAUUGAGGCCCACGAGUCGGCUAUCGCCAGCGUCAAAGAGGAGGCCACUAGGGAAAUCGAAGAUCUCAAAGCCAAAGCCGUCGAGGACAGUUUGCGGGUCGUGUCUCACUUUUUGCAUGCUGCGGCCUCCAAACGUCAAUCAGAGGACGCCGACUCCGAUGAAGGACGUGCGUUCGAGGGUGCUCUUCUGCUAGUCUACCAGGGCAACGAAGCAUCACUUACGGCACUCAGGAACCUGGUUCACGGCACCGACGACAAAGUCCCAGAUGUCAACGGUGAGAGCUUGGAGAUCACCUACGCACAGGUCAAACAGUCGUCUCUACAGGGAGCACAAGAAGCACUUUCGACCACCGAACAAGAAGCGGACCAGACAAACCCCACCGAUUCUGCACCCGCUGCGACCGAAAUCCGAACGGAUCAAACCGUGGCGAGUGCCGGCUUGACUGAGCUCGACGACACCAUCGCCAUCCAGACUCCCAUUGACCCCGCUGCCACUACCCCAGCCGAUGCUCUCCCGAUUCCCGAACAAGCUUUGACUGGCGCCGAUGCCGCAAACGCAGUUGCCGAGGCCACAUGGGACCCCCAGGCAUCAGUGGUAACUGACACCAGUGCAACCAACGAAGAAUGGGUGCAAGUUCCCCGUGACCCUGCUGAGACUGAGACUGGUGUCGCUGCCACCCCGGCGGAUGUACAUGCCUCAAGCAGUUGGGCCGAGGAAGCCGGUGCUGCUGCAGCAGUCGAGGAGAAGCCAGCUGCCGAGAACGAUGGAUUUGAACAGGUGCGUCGCGAACGUGGUCGUGGACGAGGUGGCAGAGGCGGCCGUGGUGAGUUCCGAGGACGUGGUCGUGGUGGUCGCGGAGAUGGCCAUCGCGGUGGACGAGGAGGAGCAUCGAGAGGUCGAGGUGGUCCCAGAGGUGACAAGAGCUGA